CAGUUAUUUAUAUAGUUGUUUGUUUUAGUUAAUUGUUUGGGACGUGAUGACCUCUUGUUAACGUGACCUCAGAGGUCUUAUAAUACGAAAACAGUUCUAUAGGAACAUUAAAAGUUAAGCUAUUUGUCUAAUAGAGAAAUUUACAGCGUACUUACUUACUUUAGUGUUUGUACUGUGGAUACAUAAAUUCGGAGGUGCGUGGGUGCCAAGAGGUUUGGAGAGUGAAUCGGGCGUGCGCGGCACAUCCCUUGAUUACGUGGCGGCUGUGUUACUGGGCGCGAUGGCGGCAGUGCUACUAGCAGCUGUCGGAUACCACUGCGCGGCCACGUGGAGGUGGCUAAUGGGCAGAUGUUUCCGCAGGUCGCGGCGUGAGUCACAGGAUAGCAACUGUGACUCGCAGUCGCGGCAGGCUGCGAUCCGCAUCAGCCACUCACUGCCCGACCUGCAGACUGAGCCGCUCAAACAGGAGUACGUACAGGAACACAAGGAUGCCGGGAAAAAGGUGCUCCGUCAGACGACGCUGCCGAUUGUGCCCACACGCCACCAGACCUUUCAACGUCAACUCUCCCAUCGACUGGACCUGCCUUCCAUACAGUUCAGCAUCUGCAGCUUGGAGCGCGCUGAUUCAUCUAUUGGAUUGAUAAAGCCGGAGCUGUAUAAGAACGAACUGGUGCGACAAUCAUCUACUGACAGCGGGGAGCUGGAGUUCUGCGGCAAGCUGCACUUCGCUCUCAAAUACGAUCAGGAAGUUGAAGCGCUUGUGGUUAAGAUAUUCGAAGCACGCGACCUACCAAUCAAGGACGUAUUGGGAAGUAGCGAUCCCUACAUCAAGGUCUUCCUGCUCCCUGACCGCAAGAAGAAAUUCCAGACCAAAGUGCACCGCAAGAAUCUCAACCCGGUCUUCAAUGAAACUUUCUUGUUUAGCGUGCCAUACGAGGAAUUACGUCAGCGCUACCUCCAAUUCUCGGUGUACGACUUCGACCGCUUCAGUCGGCACGAUCUGAUUGGCCACGUGGUGCUUAAAGGUCUACUGGAAUCCGCCGAUCUUACGCAGGAGAUCGAAUAUACCAUGAACAUCCUUGCCGCGCCUCAGGAGAAGAAGGAUUUGGGCGAGUUGAUGCUAUCCCUUUGCUACUUGCCUACUGCUGGUCGACUCACUGUAACUGUCAUCAAAGGCAGAAAUUUGAAAGCUAUGGAUAUAAAUGGGUCGUCGGAUCCAUAUGUGAAAAUUUGCCUGAUAUGUCAAGGCAAAAGAAUUAAAAAGAAGAAAACAACUGUGAAAAAGAACACUCUAAGCCCUGUUUACAAUGAGGCUUUGGUCUUCGACUUGCCGUACGAGAAUGUGUAUGACGUCACAUUGCUCGUUAAAGUUAUUGAUUACGAUAUGAUCGGUCCUAACGAGUUGAUCGGUUGUACUGCAAUUGGAUCCUCAUUGAUCGGCAUCGGUCGCGAUCACUGGCUCGAAAUGCUGGAUAAUUCUCGCAAGCCGGUUGCGCAAUGGUACCCUCUCAACAAGAGCCUGCCGACGAACAUCGCUCUACCGUCAAAUGAUCAGCAGAAUGCUGGCUUGAGUUGUUUAAACGUGAGAUGAAGAGAUGGUGGAAAUCUAAGGCGAGAAUAUCACAACUGCAGAAAGACUUGACUUGACAGAUUCUAUUCAAUUUACUAAAUAAGGUUAUCUCGCGAUGCCAAAAAUUGUAACCGUAGGGAAAUUCGUUUAGGAUGAUAAACGGUUGUAUGUCCAUUUAUUGUAGGAAAAGGUUAUACCUUCGGAUAAGUGAUAUUGGAUUGUAGACAGAUAGAAUAUAGAAAGAGA